AGUCCAGCUUUCUCGCUUGUCCAUGUGACUUGGUGUGUGUCUGUAUUUUGUCUCCACUUCAGUAUGGCGUGCACUAAAACUGAAAAGAUCCAGUUAUACGUCCCUAAUCUCGAGGAAUUAUGUCAAGUGUUGGAAAAAGGACUGAAGAAGAACUUUGAAGAUGUAAAAGUGUGUGUGAGUGAGUGUCCAGAUCUCACACAGGAUCCCUUCAACUUUCCUGUCAAAGGACUAUGUGGUAAUCCUCGCAUUACAGAUGUAGGUGGUGUCCCAUACUUGGUCCCACUGGUUCGAGUGGACAAGGUGUAUAACAUGAACACCAUUGCCAAGGAGUUGGAGCUGCCUGGUGCAUUUGUUCUUGGUGCUGGUGCUGUGUCAUCAAAGACUGUUGGAAUGAACGCAGAGCUGAUGCCUCUGGUGUUGACGGAGCAUGAAGGCAAACCUGCUGUCAAUGGCAGCUAUUUCGCCUCUAUCAACCCAGCAGAUGGGAAAUGCCUGCAGGAGAAAUACAGCGACAGAUUCUGCGACUGUGAUUUUGGUCUUCUAGCGAACCUGUAUGCAUGUGAGGGUCUGUCUGGGAAGGUCAUGGAGGUCAGAGUCAGCAGGAGGACAGGAGAGGACAGUCUGGUAAGCAGUAUGAGGAAGACUAUGGAGGAACACUAUGGUGAUAAAAGCAUUGCACUUGGUGGGACUUUCAUCCUCCAAAAAGGAAAGGCCAAGAUCCACAUCAUGCCACGAGAGUUUUCCUCAUGCCCACUAAAUACUAAUGAAGAAGUAAACAACUGGCUAAAACAUUUUGAAGUCAGCGCUCCUCUCAUCUGCCAGUCAGUAAUGGUGUCCAAAGAUCCAGGUUUGGAUCUGAGAGUGGAACAUACCCAUGGCUUCAGUCAUCAUGGUGAAGGAGGUCAUUACUACAUAGACACCACACCAAGCACAGUGGAAUACCUGGGAUACUUUCUACCUGCAGAAUUUGUUUAUCGAAUUGACCGACCAGUGGUGACCCACAAUGUUGGCAGAGACUAAAUUUGAUGUGAAUUAUUGUUCUUAUGUAAGACCUGACACAAAAGAAUGCAAACAAAGUACAAAACUUUGUUCGGUCUCUCAUCUGUAUGCUAGCCAACAUUUGAAAGAUGUGGAAUAAAUGUCAGUCAUUCAUAGGAAA